AUGGGAAGAGCAAAAAUCAAAAUGGAACUUAUUCAAAAUCACAAGAAGAGGAUGACAACUUUAGUGACACGGAAGGCUGGCUUAGUCAAGAAAAUUUCGGAACUCUCAAUACUUUGCGAUAUCAAAGCAUGUAUGAUCAUACAUGAAGGAAAUAAUCAUCAAAUGUGGCCGAAUGAUCCAAAUGAAGUUACAGAGCUAAUAGAUCUCUACAAAAACCAACCAUUCCAAGGCCGAAGCAAAAGGGGUAAGACCUUGUCCAACUAUUUCGAAGAUGAUGAAAAGAAAAGGGCUGAGAUCAAAGUAGAAAAGGAUCCUUCCACUUGGGAUUCAAGAUUUGACUAUUUCGAAAAUGAUGAAAAGAAGAAGGUUGAGAUCAAAGUAGAAAAGUAUCCCACUUGGGAUUCAAGAUUUGACUAUUUAUCUGAAAAAGAAUUGCAAAAUCUUGCUAGUGUUGUUGAGAAAAAGAUGGAGAAGGCAAAAGGAAAAAUAGAAUUGUUGAAGAGCAUGAAUGUUCAUAUUGGAAGUUGCUCAGUUUCUCAUCAACAAAUAUGGCACAACAACUUGAUGAACCAAACUACUCUGUCUCUGUGGCCUAUUUCUAAUGUGAAUUCUUUCACCGAUUACAACAACUUCUUUCAAUCAAAUAUUCCAAUUAGUGGUAUGAUUGAGGCUGAAAACUGGUCUGUAAAUGUUGGAAUUGGUUCAAGUUCGACAAUGCAGCCUAUGGGGAGUAAUGGGAUUGGUUCAACUUCGACAAUGCAGCCUAUGGGGAAUAAUGGAAUUGGUUCAAGUUCGACAAUGCAGCAGCCUAUGGAUCAGUACCCUUUCAUGUACAACGACUCUACUCAUGCUAUUGGUUCAAGUUCGACAGUGCAGCCUAUGGAUCAGUACCCUUUCGUAUACGAUGAAUCUACUCAUGAUAUGUCUUAUAGCUUCGUGUAG